GGAAACUUUCAAAGCGGCAGCAGCAAAGCAUUGCAUCGCACACUAUACGCUCCUCUGCCACCCCAUUAAUACCAACCCCAUCUCCUUCCCACCCACACUCCUCCCUCCUGCAGUCCCCCUUCUCCUUCCCUUCCCUUCUUUUUGCCCCCCACCCCACGCACACAGUCCUUCCAAGAGAAACCCAACCAUCCAAGAAAACCCCAACCCAUAAGCCAAGAACAAGACAAGAAACUGUGGUACUACUACACCGAAAGCUGCAUAAGGACAGAUUAGAUUGGAGUUAACCUCCCAACAAGUUCUGCUCGCUGAUCAAUAAGGCGGCGUCCAUGGAGAGGGAGGGGGAGGCCAAGAACGAGAGGAAGGCCAGAGGUGGAGGAGGCGAUAGCAGAACCGCUGCUAGUAAUGGUGGCGGCGGGAAAGGGAGGAGGACGUGGAAGGGUGCUUACGGUGGUGGGGGCGGCGGCUACAGACAGUACCCGAUCAUCCAGGCCUACCCGGCGCUCCUGCCGCUGCCGGUAAACGCCGGCCGCAACCGCACGCAUAUUAAUGGCGCGGUCGCGCUGCCUCUGCCGCCGCCGGUACUGCUAUACCUGCAGCCGCCGCCGCCGCUGCACCUGCUCUCCACGUGCUACGGGAAGCCCAUGCCGGGCGCGGUGCAGAGGGGGCCAAUGUGGACGCACAAGCCAUCCAAGAAGCCGCCGCCGCCCCCACACGCCGUCACCGCCGCGCUGCUGCCGCUCCCCAAGGGUUCCAACACACUUCAGACUGAAAAGUUUUUCAUGCAUAAGAAAACAUCUCAGGUGGGGAUGGAUAAUGGAAACACCCAUCACAGGUCCUCUAACAAUCAACAGGGAACACCCAUUGCACGGAGACCUGACUCUGGUGGGGUUGAGGGGGCUGUGAUUCCUCUUUCUGCAAACCAUUUCCUUGUGCGGUUUGAUCCUGAUCAAAAGAUAUUCCAUUACGAUGUUAACAUAUUCCCACAUCCAUCAAAGGAAACUGCAAGAAUGAUUAAGAACAAACUUGUAGAAGAAAAUUCAAGCGUUCUAUCGGGUGCUCUGCCGGCUUUUGAUGGCCGCAGGGACCUUUAUAGUCCUUUUGAGUUUCAGGAGGACAAGGCUGAGUUCUUUGUCAGUCUUCCAGUUACAUCAGCAAGAUGUUCAGUAGUUAAAAAUAAUGGUUACAUACUUGACCAACAGAAAUUUAAGGUUUUUAAGGUGAACAUUCGAUUGGUUUCCAAGCUAAGUGGUGAGUACUUGAACAAGUAUUUGAGCAAAGAUAAGGAUGGCAUUUCUCUUCCUCAAGAUUACCUCCAUGCGUUGGAUGUCAUCUUGCGAGAAGGUGCUAUGGAAAGUUCUGUUCUGGUAGGCCGGUCUUUGUAUCCACGCUCCAUGGGAGAAGCAAAGGAUAUUGGUGGUGGGGCUGUUGGUUUAAGAGGUUUCUUUCAGAGCUUGAGGCCAACCAAGCAAGGUCUUGCACUUAAUGUUGAUCUCUCACUCACAGCAUUCCAUGAGAGCACGGGCAUGAUUGCAUACUUGCAGAAGCGGUGUGACUUCUUGAAAGACCUUCCGCAUGACAAAAAUAGGGCUUUGGCACAAGAGGAGAGGAGGGACGUCGAGAAAGCACUGAGAAACAUUAGGGUUUUUGUGUGCCACCGUGAGACCAACCAAAGGUACCACGUGCAUAGCUUGACCGAGGAGACAACAGAAAAUCUCAAGUUUCGAGACCGAAGUGGGAAAGACCUUAUGGUGAUGGAUUACUUCAAGGAGCAAUACAAUCAUGAUAUCCAAUUCAGGAACCUGCCAUGCUUGCAGAUCGGUAGAAGCAAACCAUGUUAUGUGCCAAUGGAGCUUUGUGUAGUUUGUGAGGGUCAGAAGUUUCUUGGCAAGCUCUCAGAUGAACAAACAUCCAAGAUUCUCAAGAUGGGUUGCCAAAGACCAAGUGAGAGAAAAGGAAUCAUAAAUGGCGCUGUUGAAGAAGCCUUUGGUGCAAAACGUAAUUCUUAUGCCGAUCAAUUCAAUCUCCAAGUGUCCAAGGACAUGACACAACUCUCUGGGAGGGUUCUCUUGCCACCAAAACUGAAAUUCGGCGGUGGAGGGCGCAUUAAGGAUAUAACACCACAGCGAUUUGAUCGGCAAUGGAGCUUGCUGGACAGCCAUGUUACUGAGGGCUCCAAGAUAAAGAGCUGGGCCUUGAUAAGCUUUGGUGGUACCCCGGAGCAGCACUCCUGCAUUCCAAAAUUUGUCAACCAGCUAUCAAGUCGGUGUGAGCAGCUGGGAAUUUAUCUAAACAAGAAAACUGUGAUCAGCCCGUUGUUUGAACGGAUUCAACUCCUUAACAGUGUGUGCAUUUUGGAGAGCAAGCUCAAGAAAAUUCAAGAAGCUGCAUCAGGCAACCUGCAAUUGCUAAUAUGUGUCAUGGAACGGAGGCACCGAGGCUAUGCUGAUUUGAAGCGAAUUGCUGAAACAUCCAUUGGUGUUGUGACACAGUGUUGCCUUUACCCCAACUUAAGCAAGCUGACCGUGCAAUUUGUGGCCAAUUUAGCCCUGAAGAUGAAUGCUAAGCUUGGUGGAUGCAAUGUUUCCCUCUACAACAGCUUGCCAUGCCAAAUUCCUAGAAUAUUUUCAGAUGAUGAACCAGUGAUGUUCAUGGGUGCUGAUGUUACACACCCACAUCCACUUGACGACUCGAGCCCAUCAGUGGUUGCUGUAGUUGCAAGCAUGAAUUGGCCUUCAGCAAAUAAGUACAUCUCCAGAAUGAGGUCGCAGACGCACCGGAAAGAAAUAAUUGAACACCUGGAUGUGAUGGCUGGUGAACUACUUGAAGAGUUCCUGAAAGAAGUUGGCAAGCUCCCAGCUCGAAUCAUAUUUUUUCGAGAUGGUGUGAGCGAGACACAGUUCGACAAGGUCCUGAAGGAGGAGAUGCAUGCUGUGCGAAUGACAUGUUCGAGGUACCCAGGCUACAAGCCCUUAAUCACGUUCAUCGUUGUACAGAAGAGGCAUCACACGAGGCUCUUCCACAGGGAGAAAAAUGGCGGCUCGACACACUAUUCUGAUCAGAACAUACCACCUGGAACGGUUGUUGACACCGUGAUCACGCACCCAAGGGAAUUCGACUUCUACCUGUGCAGCCAUUGGGGCACAAAGGGGACAAGCCGUCCGACUCAUUACCACAUCUUGUUGGAUGAGAACAAGUUUGGGUCCGACGAAUUGCAGCAGCUGAUACAUAAUCUUUGCUACACUUUUGUGCGGUGCACCAGGCCAGUCUCCCUUGUUCCUCCGGCAUACUAUGCGCAUCUUGCUGCCUAUAGAGGCAAGCUGUACCUUGAGAGGUCAGAUUCAGUGCCAACCAGCCGCACAACUCUGUACAGUACCACUCCAUUGCAGACGCCGCCGCUGCCUAAGCUCAGUGACAGCGUGAAGAGGCUCAUGUUCUAUUGCUGAUCUUUCUUCCCGCCCAGGAUCUCAUGUGAUUGGAUGCUGGUACUUGCUGAUGUUGUGCAAAAUUCUGAUGCCAAACUGUUUGCACUCCCGUACUGAUGCUGCUAAGGUAGUGGACUUGUACUGUCUCGAUGCGGUGACACUGGUCCCGCUGAGGGUUGGAGAUACUAUUUGCUGUCCUGUCCUUGUGCAGAUUUGGUUUGCAUCCAUAAUUUGGUCUUCAUAGAGAGUACACUGCUUCUCGAAUCGUGGUGCGAAUAAUUUCCGUUGUUAGGUGUAAACAUGUACUCCCCGGUCCAUAAUAAUUGUUUCACAUUUAGUACAAAGUUAGUACAAACCUGAGAGACUUAUUAUGGAUCGGAGGUAACUUUGUACUAAAUCUGAAACACUUACGAUGGAUCGGAUGUAGUAUUAAGUUUCAAUUGAUAGGAUGUUUGUUGCAA